UCUGUUUUGGUCUCAUAAUUCAGACAAAUUGCUACUUUCUGAGACCACAGUUUUUACGUUCUGACCGAGAGAGGACUCUCAUGUAGUUGGUGUAAGCUGUCUAUCUUCUAUUUGUUGUGUAUGCAUAAAUGGAGACCUGGCAUCAUAAGGUCGACUGUUCAUUUCUGUAUGAUAAACUGCCGUGUGGAGAUUCCCCCUUUGUCAUCUUGAAGCUUUCUGAUGCUACCUAGCUAGCUUGGAUCAACUUUUAACAGCUAAGACUGCUAGCUCUCUCCACUUACACCAGUGGCGUUACAACUAUCGACAUUGAAACACCAUUUCCAGUUUCCUGUCCUGAGCCUGGUGUCAGAGAAAAAUGGCGGCUGUGUGAUAUGAUCGCUUGUUCAGCUGCCUGUUGUUCUCCCUCCUCUCUCUCUCCCUUCUCUCUUCUCUUCUUUUUCUGUAUUUGAAUGGAGAAGCUGGGUUCCCCGGACCCUGCACGCCCGCCCCUGGGUGCAGGGCCCGUUGCAGAGGAUUUGGUUGCAAAGCCGGCUGAGGUCGAGGAAAAUGAGGCAUCAGCCAUGAUCAGCUCCAAACUGUUCAACUGUGCUUGUGCAAGACGUUGGAUACCACUUGCCUACAGAGAAGAACUUUACCACAUCUUAAGGCUCACAGGCCCAUUGCUGAUGUCCCGGAUUCUUAACUUCCUCCUACCUUUUGUUAUCACUAUAUUCUGUGGUCACAUUGGCAAUGCAGAGCUGGCUGGAUAUGCACUGGCUUCAGCGAUUAUUAAUCUGACCACAACUUCAACAGGCUACGGCCUCAAUGUGGCUUGCAACACACUCAUUUCUCAGACAUAUGGCAGUAAUAUGAAACGUGUGGGAGUAAUCCUACAGAGGAGUUCAUUAAUCCUGAUGCUGUUUUGUCUGCCCUGUUGGGGUCUUCUUCUCAACUCUCAAAACAUACUGCUCCUGCUGCAACAAGAGGAUGAAGUGGCGCGAAUCGCCCAAAUCUAUGUGAUGGCGUUUCUUCCAGCUGUUCCAGCCAUGUUCCUGCACCAGCUGCAAGUUUCUUACCUACAAAACCAGGGGAUCAUUCUGCCUCAGAUGUACACAGCAGCAGCUGCAAACGUCAUCAAUUUGGGGGUCAACUAUGUCCUAAUCACCCACCUCCAGCUGGGUGUCAUUGGAUCAGCCAUUGCGAGCAGCUUCUCUCAAAUCACCAUCUGCCUGCUGCUGUAUGGCUACAUCAGAUGGAAGAGGCUCCAUGAAAAGACAUGGGGAGGCUGGUCCACUGAGAGUCUGCAGGAGUGGGACUCCUACAUGAAGCUGGCUAUCCCCAGUGUCUUCAUGGUCUGCCUUGAAUGGUGGAUCUGGGAGAUUGGAGGUUUCUUUGCUGGUGUACUUGGUGAAGAAGAUCUUGCUGCCCAGCAUAUACUGGAUGAAAUUGGAUCCAUUAUAUACAUGUUUCCUCUAGGUGUCCAUGUAGCUGCCUGUGUGCGUGUAGGAAAUGCUCUUGGGGCGGGAAACAUAACCAGGGCCUUAGUCACAUGCAAAGUGGCCCUGGUUCUAGCAGGUAUGCUUGCUGUGCUCCAGGGUAUUGUCAUUGCUGGCUGUAAGACUAUCGUUGGCUACAUAUUUACCUCUGAUGAAAACAUUGUGGCGAUCGUCUCACAUAACAUCACAGUUUACACAUUUUUACAAUUCUUUGAUGCAAUCCUGUGUGUCUGCUCAGGGAUUCUUGUAGGAUGUGGGAUGCAGAAAAUUGCUGCCUUGUCCAACCUAGUCGGUUACUACCUCAUCGGUCUGCCAGUUGGAAUUGUUCUUAUGUUUUACGCCAAGCUCAGGAUACUAGGUCUGUGGCUGGGUCUCUUAACAUGUGUUCUCUUUGAGGUGUGCUUGUUCCUCAUUCUUAUCUUCAGGCUGGACUGGAAGAAAGUCGCACAAAAGGUAGUAUUACGAGCUGGAAAGAAAGUGGUGGUGAUACCAAAGCGUCCUGUGAGUACAGUCCUGAAUGAAGGGAUUGUGCCUGACAUCUCAGACUGCCCUGUUACAAACCAGUCAGAAGGGAAAGAAGUUUCUAAAGCAGAAGGCUACAGUUCCGUAGACACAGAGGACCAGGAGCUGAAAGCCAAUCACGCGUCUGAAAGCAACAACACACCAGCAGGAGGGACUGAGGGGGACACCGAGCAGAGCAAAAGCACCAAACCUCAAACGCUGCUCUCUUCCACUCAGCUGAUCUUGCGUCGGGGACUCGUCUUGUUAGUGUCAGUUCUUUUUCUGGUCAUAGGCGUUGCUUUUCAUUUCGCUGUCCCUCCACCAGAGCCCUCUGUUCGAAGCCUGAACAACUUCACCCUGAACUGGGCUAAUGACUCCACACCAGCACCUUCAGCUCUACUGGGCCUGACCACAGACCUCGGAGCCAUCUCUGACCUCUGAAUGCAGACAUCUGGUGGAUCAACACUUCUCACAAACUGAUUUUUGAAGAUCUCAAAGAGAGAAAGGUGUUAGAUUCCUGGAUAUUUCUUAUUGACUUGGGUCGUUAUUAUGUAAACCUCUGAUGUUGGCCAUAAGCUCUAUUUAACAAAGACAAAAAUACACAUAAUUCCUGCACUGGUGUGCAAAUCCACAGGAAGCUUGAAGAAACAAAUAAAGCUGAGACUGGCAGAGUGAACAAAGGUCUUGUACCAAAGGUUGUGUUUUAACCGGCCCAGCCUGAGAUGUCUAACAGGGACAACAGGACACAUAACUGUACACAUCUCUAACUGAAAGUCUCACACAUGUGGGCAUUAAGGAACAGAUUAUUUUUUAUCAUGGAUUGUAGGAGAGAAAGUGUGGAUCUAUGGUGUGGCAGCAAUCACCGCAGGGUGUCGGGUUAAAACACAAUUAUGAUGUUCAGGUGAGAGUGGGGAAUAAACAUGCUGAGUCCA